GGAUAGAAAAGCCUGUCUUGGAAAAAGCUUAGUUUCUGUACGUGUGUGAGUCAGUGUGGAGCUCCAAAACCAACUCAUGGUGGAAAAAUGGCACAAAAUGAAACAAAUCCAUUUUUGGAAAUAUUAAAAUCAUUUAAUCUCGGUGAUAUGAUUCUAGCGUUCUGUUUAUCUAUACUCGUGGGCCUGCUGCUGGGAGCUUUGAUCUACGUUCUGUUGACCUGGGCGUCAAGACGUCGGGCUACUGCCAGGAUCACAAGGCGCUCCAAAAAGAAAUCUCGCAAUUUGCAAUGCGACCCCACGGGCAGCCAAUUUGGCCUUUACCGAAGCACUUUCCUGAGUGUCUAUAGACAGCCCUCUCUAGAACCAGUGGGCCCCUUGGGGAGUAAACCCGGCGCAGAGACAUCCACUUUUCGGCCGCUGCCCAAAAAGAGCAGGCCUAGCCUGGACAUGGGAGAUGAUACGCGGGUAACCAUGCCAGAGGACACAGUGGCUAUGGACUCAUCUGAUUCAGCCUCCCUUGUACCAAGCAAGAGGAAUUCCUUCUGGCUGGGUGGUAAUGGACUUAAAGGAUUUCUUCCCUCACAUACUCCACCUCCUGCAUAUGACAGUGUCAUCCAUGCCUUCGAGGAGACGUGCACAUAAAGCUGUAGAUAUGACAACUAAAUCCAUUUUUGACAAGUCUUUACAGACUCUGUUAAACAGGCUCAAGUUUGAAAGUUUUGGUAAUCACUACAGCUGAAAUGAUUUUUUGUUGAAAAAUAGCUAAAGUCUACACACCUCUGUUAAAAUGCCAAGUUUCAGUGAUAAGAAAAUCUGACCACAAUUAAUGAUUUCUAAACUACUAAAAUACCUCUUCAUCUUUAGCUUUCUAGCACACACCUGCAUGUUUUGGGUCAAAACUGACUUGUAUUUAGAACUAAUCAGUACUUAAUCCACCUUGACCAAAUACCCAGUUCCAUCUGAAGAAAAGUAACCCCAGAACAUCAUGCUGCCACUGUCAUGUUUCACUGUGGAUAUUCUGUUCUUUAUUGUUGUUCAAUGUUGCUUUUGUGUCAAACCUGCCUUUAGAAAUUGUGACCCAAAGGAUGCAAAUGAGGAAAUGUGAGAAAAAUCCCAAUAGGAAAGGUACAGCGUUUUCAGGUUGAUAAGAUUUACCAUAAUUAAUGUUAGGUCUGUACCAAACAAAAAAUUCAAUUGCUUAAAGAAAAAUUAAAUGUGCUUCACAGAUUUCCUUCUUUUACAAUUGAAUUGUGCAGGAUGAAUGUGAAAUGUCUAACAUUCUAAAUUGAUUUCUCGUGAACUCAAUUUUAGCAUUACAAACUUAGGCCAUUUUACCAGCUGGGUAAAAUGGCAAAAAAGAAAUGUCUCCAAAUGUUUCUUUGUAAUGUUUUUUUACUUGGUUAUCCAAAAGAUUUCUGUAUUUUCUCAAGCAACAAAUAACACACUAACGCACCUGAUUUUGUGGAAGAAUUCGAAAAUGUGAACCAUGACGAAAAUAAAUUAUGUCUGCAUGCAAAAUAUUAAAGCUAUAUACAUUUUUUAUAUAAAUAAAUGUUACAGAUCUGUUGGUGAA